GAGGCUCAUGGGUAACAAAGUGUAUUGUCGUACAAUAAGGCGGAGGGGUGUGUUAAUACCUCGAAAGGUUUACGUUUUUAACUUAGUCAAAGUGUGUUAAGACAGCUAUGAUGAAAAGCCAUAUCGCUUUUGCAUUAUUUGUGAUAGCAACAUUUUCUAGAGACAGUGCUGGAUAUGUGGAGGCUCUUGCUGGAAACAUAGAUGCUUCUUUGAACCACUUCCAGCCAAUGGUAGCCAUACUCUGUGGCCAUGGAAAAGUUUACCGAAAAUAUCUUAACGAAAAUCUUCAGUGGGUUACUAGCAAAGGAAACCAGAAAGGACUUUGUACCAAGGACAAGCUGGAAGUUUUGGAAUAUUGUCGUAAGGCCUAUCCAAGUAAGGACAUUCGAAACAUAGUGGAGUCCAGCCAGUAUUACAAGAUUGACAGCUGGUGUAAAAAUGACCAGAAGAAAUGUAAGGAGCCAAGCUGGGUUAAGCCUUACAGAUGUUUGGAGGGCCCAUUCCAGAGUGAUGCUUUGCUUGUGCCAGAACACUGUCUGUUUGAUCACAUUCAUAACCAGAGCAUCUGCCAGAGUUUUGAUGAAUGGAACCACACAGCUGCCCAAACUUGUGAAACGAGUGGAAUGAAACUUCAGAGUUUUGCGAUGCUGUUACCAUGUGGUGUAGACAUAUUUUCUGGUGUAGAGUUUGUUUGUUGUCCUGAAAAUGAGAAACUGCUGUUUCCAGGAAAGAGCUCUAAACUGAGCAAUAGUGUUGAGGACGAUUCUGAUAGUGAUGAAUAUGAUGAAGAAUACUAUGACUAUGAAGAUGACGACGAGGAAGAGGAAGUAUCCUCUACCACCACAACCACCACCACGACCGAAAGCCCUAUCGAUCAUUAUUAUCGAAAUUUUGACACUGAAAAUGAGCAUCAGGCUUUCAAAGAGGCCCAAAAAGAACUUCAGGAGUCUCAUAGGAGAAAAGUGACAGAGAUUAUGAAAAAAUGGAAUGAGCUGGAAGAACAUUACCAAGAGAUGAAGUUGAAAGAUCCAAGAGGGGCUGAAGAAUUCAAGAAAAAAAUGACCGAACGUUUUCAGAAAACCGUAGAUGCUCUUGAAGAGGAAGGAGACGGACAAAAGCGUCAGCUGAAUGCCAUGCAUCAUCAAAGAGUCCUGACAGUCAUCACCUUGCGUAAAAAAUCGUCAAUGGAAUGUUUUAUCAAGGCUUUGGAUGAAACAAUUCCAAUGGUGAGGAGGAUUGAAAAGUGUUUAUUAAAGUUGUUGCGAGCUGUGGCCAAGGACAGAAACCACAUGCUACAUUACUACUACCACCUUCUUAACAGCAACUUUAAGCAAGCAGUUGCUGAGAAAGAAGCUGUUCUGGAUCACUUGGAAAACCUGAACCACAUGGCUAACCAAAGCAUCCUGAUGUUGGAACGUCAUCCUUCUGUUGCCGAGAAGCUGCACAAAAGAAUGAUGGCUGCCUGGAUAGACUUGAAAGGAGUUACACCGGAUGCUGCCUUUUCCACAGAAACUGAUGAAGCCAUUCUCAAACAGUAUCAAGCUGAAGUGGAGAAGAAACGAGAAGAACGAAAACAGAAGCGAUUAGAGGAAGAAAGAAAACAAAAAGAACUUGAAGAACUCGAGAGGGAGAAGUUACUUGUCGAAAAGAAUCACGGUGGGAAGUUAGAAAAAGAGUUUGAUCCCGAAUCUAUGGAAGAUGAGAGUUUGGUUUCUGAAAUAAAUCAUCCUGCAUUCGUGGACCACAGCAAAAUGGAUAAAGUCCCAGUCCUUGAAGAGCACAACGACUUACCAGAACCACACGUAGCCCAUGCCCAGAACCAACCUCUUCACCAUAAUGAAGUGACCUUCUCUGUUCGAAAGGAAGGAAUCAGAGACUUAAGAUGGAAUGGAAGUGUUUAUAUCACCUUGGCAUUUGCAGGCAUUGCCCUCCUGACUGCCUUAGUUGUCGGAAUUGUGCUUUUGCGACGUCAUUCCAGUCAGUCACCACAAGGUCAGGGGUUUGUGGAAGUGAACCAAGCAGCAACCCCUGAGGAAAGACACGUGUCUAACAUGCAAAUUAAUGGUUACGAAAACCCCACUUACAAGUAUUUUGAGUCCCAGAAUUAAAUUUAACAUUUCUUUUUCGUAAUUGGACUUGAUCCCAUAAUCAGUUUGUCUUAACCUACUGCUUGAAUCACAAAAACAGUACAUUGCAUUAAACAUACUGGUAUAUCAGCAGUUCGUAUGUGCUACAUAGAACAGUUUUAUGUGGUAUUAUAGUAGUGUUUUGUGGUAGUAUUUGAAGUG